CACAGUUCGAAAUCAGUUCGAAAUCGGGCGGAGCAUAACGGUUGUCACCACGUGGCUUCACAAGAGGGUUGAUAGUUUUGCUCUUAGCGUGGUUCUGUUUGCACUUGAUAAUUGGCUGCGUUGUAUCUAUGCCUAUAAAAGCGGAACGAAGUGCAGCGCUUCUGUUGUGACCUUGUUUGUGUGAGCUUUUCCCCCAAACAAAGCAAAACGGUGUUCGGAGAAAUUAAACGGGAAGAUGAAGAUUAACGUGAAGACUCUCAAGGGAAGUCACUUUGAGAUCGAAGUGAAUCCUCAGAACACGGUUGCUGAUGUGAAGAAAUAUAUUGAGGUAGCGCAAGGUGCUGAUGUUUAUCCUGCUGCGCAACAGAUGCUUAUUCAUCAGGGGAAAGUGCUGAAGGAUGCCACAACCCUGGAAGAAAAUAAAGUUGUUGAGAAUAAUUUUGUGGUGAUCAUGUUAACCAAGAAUAAGGUAUCAUCAAGUGAAGCCUCAACUACUUCAUCUGCACCCUCAAACCAGGCAACCCAACCUGCAAGUUCUUUGCCUCCUGCUUCAACAUCUCAGCCCCUUCCUGCAACUGUAGGACAGGAAGAAUCCAACUCUGAGCAAAGUCCUGCUGCUGCUCCUCCCAGCACUGCUGUGUCCACUAACUAUGGCCAAGCAGCGUCAAAUCUCAUUGCAGGAAGUAAUUUAGAAUCAACUAUUCAACAAAUUCUAGAAAUGGGGGGAGGAAGUUGGGAACGGGAUACUGUUGUCCGUGCUCUUCGUGCUGCAUUUAACAAUCCUGAAAGAGCUAUUGAAUAUCUUUAUUCUGGUAUUCCUGAACAAGCUGAUGUACCAGCAGUUGCCAUAUCCCCUGUGGCUGAGCAGGCAGAAAACCCAUCAAUCCAGAAUCCACAACCAGGUGUACCUGCUGGUGGGCCCAACACCAACCCACUCAACCUGUUUCCCCAGGGCCUUCCCGAUAUGGGUACCAAUGAUAAUGCAGGCGACUUGGAUUUCUUGAGAAACAGUCAACAGUUCCAAGCAUUGAGAGCAAUGGUGCAAUCAAACCCCCAAAUUUUGCAGCCUAUGCUUCAGGAACUGGGAAAACAAAAUCCUCACCUAAUGCAGCUCAUCCAAGAGCAUCAAGCUGACUUCUUACGCCUUAUAAAUGAACCUGAAGGAGAAGAGAACCUACAGGGUCAGUUGGCUUCCAUGAUACCUCAGACUGUCACUGUCACCCCCGAAGAGAACGAGGCCAUUCAACGGCUUGAAGAUAUGGGAUUUGCUCGAGAUCUUGUGCUGGAGGUGUUCUUUGCAUGCAAUAAAAAUGAGGAUCUGGCAGCCAACUAUCUAUUGGAUCACCAGAAUGAAUUUGAGGACUAGUCAAAAUUCUAAUCUUCUCCAACAGUGGUUUUUCGUGUCUGGCAUUUUUCUGUGCUGGGCCAUUUGUUAGUCUUUUGAACACUUAGGGGAAGGGCCAAUGUUAAUAUUUUCUAUUUUAUUGUCCUCUGGAACAUAGCAUCUGUACAUCUUUUACCACCAUUGACUAGAAAACAGAAUCGUGUUGGUCGGCCACCUGUUUUAUUAUUGUUUUGCAGCCGUGUGAUUUUAGUUUUAUUUAUUUGACUGUUUAUGAUUUACGUACUUCUGUUUGGGUGAACGAGUAUGUAGAAACUUUAUGAACUUCGAGUCAAACAGUCAUCUUAUUUCAAUCCACAGAAAAGAAUAAAAAAUUAUUAU